UUUCAAUAUGCUUUUGAGACGAGUAUCGAUAUGCGAGCAAACUUGACGUUUGGCGACGCUUUCAUCUGAAACAGGCGAGGCAGGGAACGAACACGAGGAAUCCGAAGAGAGUCACCUUGCCAUCUCAAGAUGACGGCGCACGAACAAGCGACCGAUGCCAAAAAGACCGGCGAUGAUAACGCUCCCGGAUCAACAAGCACAUACUCGAAUGACGAAGCGGAAGAGGAAAUCACCCGGAGUGAGUGUGAGGAUUGCAGUCUAAAUACGACCUUUUCAUCUUCCAGAAACAGCGGCACCGAAGUAGACGGGCAGGGGUCAGAUUCGGGCUCAGAUGAAGAUGUAGAGGACGGAGAUGAAGACGAUUACUACAGUGAGGGGAAUCUUCCCACGUCCUUUUUUCCGAGCUUAGCCCAGGACUAUGACGAGAUGUUUUUUCACCGGUUCCGGCCGCUUGCGAACCGACGCGAGUAUCCGACUCUGCUGGACACAGAAAUUUUCGCCGGGGAGAGCACUACCGAAAGUGCUGGUCUCUACGAUGAGAAAUCUCCCUUCGGUUCGGACGAACCCAAGCUAAUCAUGAGAUUGCGCGAAGCGUUGCAGAUGUGUGAGCAGUUGCGAAACCGGAUACCCAAAUUCGGCAAGGCAUUUUUCCUCGCGCACCUUGUCGAGAUGAUCCUGUUCCUCUUCUGCUGCAAGACGACAAGGGCGAGCUUCACAGACCUGUGCUUCUCCGAAGCCUUCAACCUGAACUUUCAAGGAGCGGUCUUCGCGCUGCUCGGCAUCGUGUUCGGAACGAUCGGGUUUUGCAGAUUUUCCGGGCCCGUGCGGCUCACGUUCGAAAUCGUGGGGUUCAGCGCCGCCUUUCUGCACAUCCUCGUCGUCGCGCUCUACCACACGUGCCGGUUUUUUCUAGCCGCCUCGACCGACGCGCUGCUGGACUCGAUUGUGGAUACCAAAAUCUGGCACAGCUGGAUAUCCGUCGCGGUUGCGUUUCUGAGUGGCUUCGCGGCGCCAGUGUUUCACGAGGCGUUGAUAGACAUAACCUCGGACAAAACGAAUCCCGAGGAGGAGGACGUCAGCGACCUCGUGUGGGAAUUGUUCUACGUUUCUUGAAAAUUAUUCUGAUGUAAAUUAAUUGGAGCCAAAAGAAUUCAAAUUUUCGAAGAACAGGAGCAGGUUGCAGCAGCAACGGCUUCUAUAUGGUAUUUUGUUUCUCGUCUCGCUCUCACUCGCACAUCCAUGGACAUGUAAGACUUUUUAGUGUAUCCUUGGCAUUGGACAGAUUGAUUGCGUCGACCUUCAUGUGCCCACUGAACUUGUACCCGUAGCGAUAUCAACAACAU